AUGAGGAAUAUGGAUAUAAAGCUUAAAGCAUAUUGCAUUAUUCUCACAGCAUUAUUCAUACACCAAAUCGAAGCCUUUACAUCACCACGAAUAGUCGAACAUCCAAUAGAUACAGUCGUGCCACGAAAUGAUCCAGUUACGUUAAAUUGUAAAUCAGAAGGUUCUCCAAAUCCAACAAUUUUAUGGUAUAAGGAUGGAAUGUUGCUCAAAUCAUCACAACAUCGAAAUAUUUUACCCAUGGGGAAUCUCUUUUUUCUUAAGGCUGUUAAAAACGAUGGUGGCGUUUAUGUGUGUGAGGCAAAAAAUGAAUUAGGUGUGGCACGGAGUCGUAACGCUACAAUGAUAGUAGCAGUCUUGAGAGACGAAUUCCGACUGGAGCCACAAAAUACUCGAGUAGCACAAGGUGAAACGGCAAUCCUUGAGUGCGGUCCACCAAAAGGAAGUCCCGAGCCGUCAAUAAUGUGGAAGAAAAAUGGACAGAAAAUUGACACAGACUCUUCGAAAAGGAUCCGAAUCGUUGAUGGAGCUAAUUUAGCAAUUCAAGACGUAAGGCAGUCUGACGAAGGUUCAUAUCAAUGUGUCGCAAGAAAUGUAGCCGGAAUUCGUGAGUCGUAUGCCGCAUUUCUCAAAGUUAAUGUCAAGCCAUUUCUCAUACGUGGACCAAGCAAUCAGAGCGUAGUUGAAGGAUCAUCUGUAACAUUUCAAUGUAGAGUGGGUGGUGAUCCCAUACCCGAUGUCUUGUGGCGUCGUUCAGCAUCUGGUGGUAAUAUGCCACUCGAUAGAGUUCACAUUCUCGAAGAUCGAAGCCUUCGAGUCGACAAUGUGAUAAUUGAGGAUGAAGGUGAAUACAGUUGUGAGGCUGAUAAUGUUGUUGGUGCUAUAACAGCCACAGGAAUUCUUAAUGUUUAUUCAACACCAAUGUUAGUAAUACGUCCAUCACCAAAAGUUGUAGAGGCACCACUUGACGUUACUUUUGAAUGUAAAGCAUCUGGUCAGCCGCAGCCUUUAAUUUUUUGGUCAAUUGAAGGAAAUCGGUCGUUAAUUUUUCCACCAAAUAAUUUUGAUCGUUUUGAGACAUCAAUAACGCCUGAAAGCUCAUCAAUUUUGACACUUCCAUCCACAGCAAAGAGUGAUAAUGGAAUUGUUGUAGUAUGUAGUGCUGUAAAUGCAGUUGGAUCUGUAAGUGUUCGUGCUAGACUUACAAUAUCAUCACAAGAGGAUAAGCCUCCACCAAUAAUAAUACUCGGUCCAGUUAAUCAAACACUUCCAGUAAAAUCAAUGGUCAAUUUAAUGUGUAAAGCAUCAGGACAUCCGACACCAGUCAUCUCAUGGUACCUUGAUGGUAAUCCAGUUGUAAAUUCCGAUAGAAUUAACAUAUCAGACACAGGAAAUUUAAUCAUUAUUGACCUCGACAAGAAUGUCGAUCAGGGACUUUACACAUGUGUCGCAAGUAGUCGUAGCGGCAAAUCAACGUGGAGUGGCUACCUCAAAUUGGAUUAUCCAACAAAUCCCAACAUUAAAUUUUAUCGCGCACCAGAAUCGCCAGCAUUUCCAAGUGCCCCUGGCAAGCCUGAAUUUACAAAUGUCACAAACAAUUCAAUAACAUUGUCAUGGCUACCGUGCGUUAAGUCCGGUGCAUCAGAUAUAAUUGGAUACACAGUUGAAGUAUUUCCCAAUGACAACACAAAAGGAUGGAUAACAAUUGCACAGCGUGUCGAGAGCUUAUCAUUUACACAUGUGAAUGUACAAAAGGACUUGACAUACAUUUAUAUUGUGAGAGCUGAAAAUUCAUUCGGUCUCGGACUUCCAUCACCAAUGUCGGAGGCAAUAUCUGUCGGAAAGGAUUUUAAUAUUGUCGACGAUAUCAGUUUGAGUGAGGCACAGGCUAUAUUGUCGACUGGCAAAGUGGUCAACUUGUUGGAAGCAAAUGCAACAGAUUCUACAAGUGUUCGUCUUGUGUGGGAUAUUGUAAAUGGACAGUAUGUUGAAGGCUUCUACAUUUACUCAAUAAAAGUUAAUUCAAACGGAGUCUAUAGAAUGUUAACUGCAAUUCAUGGCGGCGGUGCUUCAGCAUGCACAAUAACACAAUUAGAACGUAAUACAGUGUAUGACUUCUUCCUGAUACCGUUUUAUAAGAGCAUUGAGGGGAAGCCAUCAAAUUUGAUACAGACUGCAACACUUGAGGAUGUGCCAAGUGCAGCACCGACAAAUAUGGAAGCAGUUUUACUCAAUACAACAGCUGUUUAUCUGAAAUGGCAACAGCCACCGAUUGAGAAUCUUAAUGGUAUUUUGAGGAACUAUCAUGUCAUAAUAAGAGGAUAUGAUGCAAAUAACAUCUCAAAAGUCCUCACCAACAUGACUGUGGAUGGAAAUUCACCGAAAUUGAUGUUGACAAACUUAACAGCUGGCGUUACGUAUUCCGUGAGUGUUUCAGCAUCAACAAAAAUUGGCUACGGGCCAUAUAGUUCGCCAUCAAUUUUACGACUUGAUCCGAGCACAAAUAAACUGGAUCAGGGCUAUGUCAGAUAUCCAAUCAGUCGCGAUUAUUCCGAUGAUAUCAUCACGCAGACCUGGUUUAUUAUACUGUUGGGCUCAAUUAUAGCUAUUAUUGUUUUCCUGUUUGGCGCUACAGUUUUGUUCAGGAAAAUACAGUACAUUAAGCACAAUUCGUUAACGAGCGUGCAUGGAAAUCACGCGAUUGGAACGGUGCGAAAGUUUCCGACAUUACCACUAAAUGCAAAUGGCGUAUGGAUCGAUCCAACUGGUGGCGUGUGGCGACAAGCAACGGAUGUUCAAAGUAUUCCUGCUAAUGGAAUGAAUGGCGAAGGAAAUAUUCCUACAAAUGCACCACCACAGCUUCCUCUUCCUGAUUAUGAAAGAUUAAGUCCCAAUAUGCCUGAUUAUGCUGAAGUGGCUGGAUGUUCAUCAUAUAAAAGUUCCGCAUCACCAACAUACGAUUCAUUCGGAGCAUAUGCAACCACAACACUUGUCGGUCGUCAAUUUCCAAAAAAUCCAAAUUCCUAUUCAGCACCAAAUAGUGUACAUUACAAUAAUUUUAUGGCAGCAGCGGCUGCAAAUCAUCAACAAAUGCCGCCAUCAAAUAAUCAAUUGAAAAUGAAUAUAAUUGAAAAUAAAAUGGAACAAUUAAUGAAUAAUUUAAAUAAUCCAGCAUCAAUGUCACAAUCGUCGCAUGCAUCGCCAAUGAUGCAAUCGAAAAAUGGAACCAAGAGCGUUCCACAAACGCCAUUGCUCAAUACAAUGAGACGUAAUCGUCUUGUGAAUGGAAGCAGUAUUAAUUCAAAUACAAAUAAAAGCAAUAAAUUGUCAUCAUCUCCUUAUCUAAAUGGCAUCGAUGCAUCUUCCGAGCAGCCAUUAUUUAUGAAAUCAAAAUUCGAUGGUAGUUGGACAUCGAUUCCAUCGACAAGUGCCAUGACAUCAUCAACAACUACAAGUAAUAACAAUAGUCCUAGUCAUUUACCACCAUUGUCAUAUCAUCCGUCGCCUCGACAUCUUCAAUCGUCACUAAAUCAACUGAAUGGUGGCAAUUGUAAUAACAAUAAUACCAACAGUAUCACAGACUCACCAAUGAUGACGAAAAGCAAUUUGCACAACGGCAAUGGUAGUAGCUAUUUAAGCAGCUUUGGAAAAAGUGAUAAAGUGUAA